ACAGACAACUCACCCACUUCACACACUCCUGACCUGUAUGACCCGGUUCACUUCUACAUGAAUACCACCUACAUUAUGUGAGGAAACAUGGCGAAGAAGAGCGCUGCGGUUGCGUGUCUGGUGUUCGGUGGGCUGUUCUUACAGUACAUGAUGAGAACAACGAUAACCGUGGCCAUACCGGCAGCUUUAGAGGAGUAUCACGGGCUGUAUACAGACAUGGAAGACGUAUUCUUCAGGUGGAGAGGAGGGACCUCCAAACUAGUGCUGAACUACACGCAGCUGGAGGUGGGUGCCAUAUUCGGCACGUUCUAUAUCGGAUACAUUCCAUCCAGACUUCUCGGGGGGCACCUGGCACUCCGCUUCUCGGCUCUCAGGGUGUUCCAAGUCAGCCUUCUCGUGACGUCAUUGUUGCACAUCUGGGCCCCAGUGGCACUCGCCUUCCACGUCUCUGUCAUCAUCAUCAUCAGAAUACUCAGGGGAUUCACAGAGGGUAUACGUCCCGGCGGCUUUACACUGCUGGUGGAGUGGCUGCCGUCCUUCACUGCCGACAGGGCCAGAAUUAUCACUACUGUACCUAUAGUGAUGUACCUCGGGUUCGCCGCCGGAUUUUUCAUCAACAGCAUGUUUCUGCCGCUCUUUGGUUGGUUCUCACCGUUCGCGUUAUUUGGUAUUUUCGGCAUAUUGGGAACAGUUGUUAUAGAGACCUUCAACUGUGUCUAUCACAUCACCGACGGCCCGACUGAAGACGACUUGAAAGACAUGGUCACACGCAGAAAAUCGUCCACUACUGAAAGUCUUAAGAUGAAUGGCAGAAUAAGUAGCAACACGCCGAUCCCAUGGAGAGCUAUGAUGACGUCACCUGCCGUGCUGUCCGUGAUGCUGUGCGAGGCUGUCCUCAAGUGUGGACAGCACCUGGCCCUGCUGUACGCCCCCACCAUCUUCUCACAAGUCGGCAAACGGGCCAUCAUAGAGAUCGGGCUGCUGUCCAUGGCCUCCCCGCUGCUCGUGGCGCUGAUCCUCCCCAUCACCCUGGUCAUCAUCCCCGGUCUCAAACUCACGGACCCGCCCAGGAAAAUAUUCAACACCAUUGGUUUCUUCGGUUUUGGCACUGGACUGAUGGUGGUCGCCAUGAAACCGCAGUAUAUCUGGAUGACGAUGUUUCUCGCUGUAGGACUCGGGAUGACUGCAUUUUCAAUAGCAGCUGGGUUUAACCUGAUGGAGAUAGCCCCCCAAUAUGGCACUAUUAUCCGGGGGGCGUCGGCAGCCUUUGGAACAGCCGUGGGCGCGUUCGGCAUCAUAUUAUAUUUGUGGGCUGGUUCACGGAAGACAAGACGACAAGCCAGUGGUCGAUCGUGAUCGUGACAGAAGCUUGUCUCCUGUGUGCGGCGGCCGUCCUGUUCAUCAUGUUCGGGCGCUCCACCGUACAGCCCUGGGCCCGGCCGUGGGAGCGGGCCCCUGAGCCACCCCGGCCGCAGCUCCGUGACACCGCCUCGGCGGACAGGCUCGUCAGUCCCGCAGAGAGCCUAGCCGAUGUCAUGGAGGCGGUCUCGCAGGAGAGCAUACAACCUGACAUGGACUCCUACUACAAGCCGUACAAGAAAGGAGGAGGACAAACACUGCAAUGAUCUAAGGUCCAGGUUCAUGUCCGGACCUGGACCUGAUCCUCUGGACCUGAAUUUGACAUCCAACCCGACAUAGACACCUACUACAAGCCGUACAAGAAAGGAGGACAGAAACUGCACUGACGUCGCUUGGAUAAAGCCAGAAAUUGUCAAGAUAGUUUCCAAAGAUAAUAUAAGAUUGUCAACUUGAGUGCGCCACCACUUGCAAAAAAAUAGACGCCUACUACAAAGCGUCCAAGAAAGGAAGAGGACAGAAACCGGAAUGGCGUCGACUGGAUAAAGCCAGAUAUUUUUAUUUACUUUUACUCAAACAACAUAAAACAGAAAACAAUAAAUGCAAAGUAAAACCAAACCACGGAUUCUGACUGAAUUCAAACAAGUGAUACAAAAGAAUCAAUGAUACCAAAGCAAGAAAAUGAUCAUAAAGGAAUGAUAUCAAUAAUCGCAAUCGAUAUAUAAAGUUGCUGAUUAUCAUAACCAAGAGGAUAAUGGUAACAUAAAAAGCCAGAAAUUCUCAAGAUAGAAGAUUUGCACAUUUAUUUAGAUGUCAGAACUCCAAUAAUGCAAAAAUAGGCAAAUAUAUCAAGGACUUUGCUAUUAGAAAGAAUACUGAAGCUAAUGAUUAGCCUACUUCAUUAUGAUACUAUAUAAAUGAAUUAUGAAUGUUAGUUUAUUGUUAUGUUAACUAGCUUUACCCUAUACCUCAAUUUUGUACUUCAAUAUGUAAUAGUUGUUGCCAUACUUUGUACCAUGUACAAUUGUCGUGCAAUAAAUUACUUCUAUAUA